AUGGAGGAUGGGGGUCUUGGUAUCGAGGGCAUCCCUUGUGGAAAGGCUCGGGUACGCAACGGCAUUGUUCGUCCUGUUGCUGAGUAUGAUGAAAGAAGCAGAAGAAUGAAUGAAAGCAGUGUCAGCGGGAUUUCCACAUCUUCUGGUCUGGAUCGCACAAUCGCUGCUCUACCCAAUCAGCGCACGACCGUAGAGAUGGUUCUCUUUACGCGUAUCUGCAGCCGUGUUCGUCAAUCAGUUCUGGGCAAGUAUGACUCCACUUUCAUCGUCGAUCCGCGAGCGGUACCCCUCCUGGAAGAGCGUAGUUUCUACCGUCUCUCCACCCAACUCCUCCUCCUCCCUCCCUCCCUCCCUUCUUCAAUCCCCUGCUCCCUUAUCCUUCUUCCCCUCAUCCUUUUAGCCUCCUCUCCUUCCGCCGUUCAUGCGCUUUACCUCCCUCUCCUGUAA